GGGGGCGAGGGGCGGGCGGUGCAGUGUGAGGAGGGCGGGCUGACUGGUCAGGAUGUGUUGGAGUUGCCCCGCUGUAAGCGCUGUUUGUUUGCAGUUUGCUGAAUGCAUAAUGUAGUAGGUCUGCAGAGGUGAUUAGAGCACGCUGCCGGCUGCCAGGGGCAUUUUUUUUUCUCUCUCUCUCUCUCUCUCUCUCGCGUCGGGGGUUUAGUCGUUCCUCUAAAAAGCCCUCGCAUCAAACUCUCGCAAGCAUUUGCAUUUGCGAGCGUGUGUUGACGGGAAAGCAACUGAGAGAGAGAGAGAGAGAGAGAGUGAGUGAGUGAGUGAGUGUGUGUGAGUGAGUGAGAGAGAGCAAAGCAGCAAAGCAACCGGGUCUCUCCUGAGCUCUGCAAAAACACACCAACAAGACAGACACAGACAGAGAGAAAGAGAGAAAGAAAGUCUUCCCUCCGCUCGCUGUGGACUUUUGAAUGGAUGCAUGACACAGCCUUGAUCCCUUAUGCAAAAACUUGGCAGACUUCAAAAACUUCGAGACACCGAGAGGAUGGCGAGUCUCGCCGGCUUGAUCCGCAACUGGGGCCUGCUGCUAGCCUGUCUGCUGGGCUUUUUGAACAAUUCCGGCCCGGUGCUGGCCCGGUGGAUCUGCUGGCAGGCUAUCAUGCAGUGCCAGGUCGAGCCCGAAUGCAGCUACGCGUAUAACCAGUAUCUGCAGGCGUGCAGGUCGGUGUUGUACCAGGAGACCCGGAGGUGUCCCAGUCACUGCAUCUCGGCGCUCAUCCAUCUGAAUGACACGCAGACCGGCCCCAUGCUGGAGAGCUGCGACUGUGUGCAAGACGAGAUCUGCAAGAGCACCAAGCGCGCCAUCGAGCCCUGUCUGCCCAGGACACGCAACCGGGACGGGGUGAUGGGCUGCACCGAAGCCCGACAGCAGUGCGAGAGGGACCCGCAGUGCCACAACUCCAUGCGCCGCUACCUGCACAACUGCGGCAAGCUCUUCAACGGGGUGAAGUGCACGGACCAGUGCCGGGAGGUGAUCGAGAGCAUGCUGAGCAUCCCCAAAGCCUUGCUGCUCAAGGAGUGCGUGUGCGACGGAGCCGACAGACCCAUCUGCGAGGCGGUGAAGGACAACAUGGCCAGACUGUGCUUCUCGGGAGCCGAGCACAGCUCCGGCAGCAGCGGUUGGGACAUGGAGCCGGACGAUGAGUACCAGGACUACUAUGAUACCCAGAGCAUCGGCGGGGAUGCGGGAGGGCAAUUCAGAAACCCCUCCGGACCCAAAGACUCCUGCAGCCCCCGAGCCCCCAGUGCUUUGACUUUGACGGUGUCCAUGUUCCUGCUGCUCCUCGUCUCUCGUUCAUAAAACAAAAACAAUGCAACUUUUCUUCUUCUUCGACCCUCCUCUCCCC